AGGGAAGUUGUAAAGCGAUGAGGAAGGCGUUUAGUUAAACUCUCAUCAACAGAAUUGGUGUCUAUUUUCACCCUAGAAGCGACAUCUUUUGAUGUUUUGUAACAAGAAAGUGGUGACGUCGUGGUUCUGGUUGUAUACAACGAGGUUUUGCUUUAGGUUUUGAAGGGUUUUGGACGCUGUUUGAGGAUUCUAGGAGGUGAACUUUUGAUUUUGUUGGAAUUGUUGCUUCCAGGAGGUGAACUUUAAGGUUCAGAGCUUUAAGAUUCAGGGAAGUCGUAGCAGGUCCAAUCCGAGCCGACUAACAUCAUCAAGAUGGAGCCUCACGCAAGUAGAGAAAUCUCCUAGACAAGGCCUUUCAUGAAAGGCACACUCAUUCACUCACUCACUCACUUUCCUAGCAUGUUCUUGACGUCGCUGUCGCUGUGAUAUGUUCUCGCUUUGAACUUCAAGCAGAGAAGAAGACGCCUUUUCUUCGAAGAGCAUACGCAAGAACAUCUUCAUUGAGCAACGUGUGGCACGGCAGGCAAAGAAGUAGAAGAACGCGACCAGAAGAGAAAUUGAAAUUCACAAGUCCUUCAAAUCUACGAGGAUUUUUACGAAAAGACAACGACACGACGAACACGACUUGUUUUGGUUCCACAAGACAGAGGAAGGCUGUGGCUAGUUAGAGUUAGAGUUUCCUAGUCUGGAGCAGUGCAGGCACACGACGAUAGCAGCAUCAACACGGCUUAUCAACAGCACGCGACAGAAUAGUGUUAUCACAGAAGAUAAUCCGUUUUGAACCACAAGAGGACGAUAAAAAGCGGCCAGCACAGCGACAACUACUAGUGCCACAACAAGGAACGGGCCAAGAACGGGAAGAACUAGGCUGUACUCCAUCCACUACAAGAACAAGUUCAGGAGCUUCUGCGCUUGUCGUAGUUGCUGUUGAUCCUGGUCAAAGUAGUGAUUGUUCACUACAGCAGGAGACUUCUAGGAAAACGACAAGAACAGCCCUUCCGCUUCUUACUAACGAGAAGUAAUAAGGAGAAUCCUCUUCUUCUUCGUAGCAAGAACAUAGCAAAGUUCUAUAGGAGCUCUCCGCUACAACAUCUGAAGGAGCAGUACAUCUAGAUCUACUCCUACAGCCAAGCAGCCACAGCAUCUUCUUGUUCAGAACAUCUUCAGAACACCAAAAAAACAAGAUGUCAGGCGAAGGAGGUGAGAAAUCGCAGCCAGCCAAGGCUAGCUUCACCUACAAUGCGGAGAGGGUUUUGGGCUCAGGAAGUUUCGGUAUCGUAUACCAAGCGCAAGUAGUCGAAACAAACGAAACAGUAGCGAUCAAAAAAGUGUUUCAGGACAAAAGGUACUUACUGCUCUUGGUUUCAACAGGUUAAGAGGUACUUACUGAUUCUAGUAAGGUCAGCUCCAAGAUAUUACAAGAUUACACCUGUUCGUAGUUGUACUAAUUGCAUUCAUCUGUUACAACGACGGGGCAGAUAGCUGCAUGUGCUGUAGAGACUUCUCAUAUUAAUCAGGUACAAAAACCGAGAGCUGCAAAUAAUGAAGGAGCUGAAGCACCCGAAUAUAGUGGAGCUGAAGCAUGCCUUUUAUACAUCCGGUACUUUUCCGAGCUUUGCUCCUGGCUUGUAAUGCUGCAUCAACAGGACGACCACGAUGUCUCCAUCGCCCGACAAAUUGGCAACUUCACAACCUUGUCAAUUAUACCUCUUUACAAAAUUAUGACAAAUGAAAUAAUAUUGAAGCUAUCAGUCAACCUAAGUACUUAACAAAAAAAACAAUCUUGUUGAACACCACGAAAAACACCUACACCAUAUCAACCAAAAAAUAGGUGACAAGCCAGGAGAGACCUACCUAAACGUCGUCAUGGAAUAUUGCAGCGACACGGUGUAUCGAGUCAUGAAACACUACAACAAGAUGAAACAGCCUAUGCCAAUCAUCUUCGUGAAAUUGUAUUUUUUUUAUCUUGUUAUUUUAUGGUUGUAUGGGAGUUUGUGAGGAGCAGGAGCAGUUGUGGAAACAUCAUGAAUCAUUGUCUUUAUCAUCGCUACAACAUUCACAUUCUACAUCAUCAACUACAAGCUCCUAAUCCUAUGGUAUAAUGAGGAUUCAACCAUCUACAUCUUCCCUUUACUCAAUUAGAUCUUACCUCCUGCUUUUGUCAGGCACAUCAAUCAAAAAUCAAAAAGACAAUCAAUCAAUCAAUCAAUCAAUCAAUCAAUCAAUCAAUCAAUCCCCUCACAACACGAAAUAGGUACACAUACCAAAUGUGUCGAUCGUGUGCCUAUAUUCAUGCAGUGGGCAUAUGCCACAGAGACAUAAAGCCGCAAAAUCUUCUGGUAGACGGCAGGACACACUGUCUGAAGCUUUGUGACUUCGGAUCCGCUAAGAGACUCGUAAAGGGAGAGCCGAAUGUGGCGUAUUUUUUUUUCUAAUUUUAUAUGAGAUAACCUAACCUAACCUAUCAACACAUCGUAGCACUUGCUGUUGACGUAGACGUAGUAGAUGAAUAAUAUAAUCCCGAUCCCCAUCAACAUCAAUAACAUCGACAUGAUCUUCAACGUGCUGUGAUGAAUAUGGAAAGUAGAUGAGCACCUGCAAACUCAAACUCCUUAGGUGGUUGUACACCUGACUUCCCUCCCCAAUCAUCAAGCUCCCCUCCACACUCAUCUCAGGUACAUUUGCUCUCGCUAUUAUCGAGCUCCAGAAUUGAUUUUUGGCGCGACGGACUACACAACCGCAAUAGAUAUUUGGAGCGCCGCUUGCGUGACGGCAGAAAUGAUCCUCGGACAGCCCCUCUUCCCAGGCGAGUCCGGUGUAGACCAAUUAGUGGAGAUUAUCAAGGUACAACUACUAGUGCGUGGUCCUCUGAGUAUGGACCUUGUACAAGUAGAUACAACUAGUACGGAUUAUAGGUACUUGUAGUUGUACACCAGUGUUUGCUUCUUGUAUGUUGAACCUUGAACGACCUUAAAUUAAUAUGUUACUAGUCGACUAGAACAAGUAGUCAGAAGUAGCACUUGUAGCAGCCACCCUCCUCCAGAAGAUCUAUUAUGAACAUGUUCUUCAGAAUCACCAAGGGUCGCAUCUUCAACACCAUUUUUCCAAUGUAAGUUAAAGUUUACUAGUAUCUUACCUCAAGUAGUACAUACUGCUAUAAUUGGAAUUCUGUGAAAGAAAAUUCACCCAAGAACUUGCUGACCACGUGAAAAUCACAGGUUCUCGGAACCCCAACUAGAGAGCAAUUGAUGGCGAUGAAUCCGAACUAUACCGAAUUCAAGUUCCCCAGCAUAAAGCCACAUCCAUGGUCGAAGGUAUACUACUAGACUUAAGCGCCCGGUAGCACUCACCCCACUAGAGUCCUCCACUGACUCUCUGCACGCACUUCCCCCGCCAUUGCGAGAGAAUAAGCAAGAGGAUGAGAUAGAAGAACGAUCAUGAGGAUCGGUGGGCUGUGCGUUCUUGAGUCUAAGACUGUCCCCAAAAAAUUGUUCGAACAACAGUCCGCUCAGAGGCAAAUUAUCCAUGCUAUGCACAGCUGCAGCAACUCGAAUUUUCGAAAAUUUUCCAUUCGAAUGACAGGUCUUUAGACAGCGCACUAGCCCAGACGCUAUCGACUUUGUGUCGAAGUUGCUCCAGUACGACCCUAAGGUGCGACCACAUGGCCUGGAAGCCAUCCUUCACGAAUUUUUUGACGAGUUGCGAGACCAAAACACGAAGCUCAGUAGCAGCAAACCGGUACUCUUUUCUUACAAGUAAGUAGCAUAAGUCCUAACUAAACGACCUGGUGCAACUUCUCUGCGGAUGACAAAACAAUUUCAAUUUCUACAAUACAAUUUAUCCCAACCACCAGAUGCCGGAAUUGUUCGAUUUUAGCAAGGAGGAGUUGACGAUCAUGCAGGACCUUCCGGCAGAGGCAACUGCCAAGCUGCUUCCACAGUGGGCGAGAGACCGCAAAAAGUAGGAGCAGGGCAAGUACUUAUACAUAGAAGAAGAAGUAUUCUAGAAGGAGCGCUGCUGUUUCUAUAGCGGAGGUUCGAUGAGGAAGGUUCUCCUUCAUCUUGACAUUCUGCUGGUGCUGGACGCCUAAUAUCUGGACAGUACUUGGAAGAUCUCUUCUCUGAGUCAUCUGGGCGCCAUCUUCAGCUUGAAGAUGUUCUAAAAAAAAACUGAAACAAAAAUUCUUCUACUUCUGACCCAAAGAAAGGCAGUUCUGUUCAAUCUAUCUUUGUUUCGCAAAUUCGUACUACGAUAGAAGUCCUAUUACAUUUCAUCGACGUUUUCACAACUAGAAGUAGUGAUUUCAAUUUCAUAGUUAGAUGCUGGAGGCGUGGAGGACGUUCCACGACUUCUUCUCCUGUUCAUCGUACCAACAUCAUCGCUUCAGUUAUUUAAAAAGGUUAUUUGCUGGGUAGAUCCUAGAAAGAACGCGUAUUGAUCUUUUGCCCCUCAGUAAUAUUUUUAUUUACACAACAAGAUGUCUAAUAUUUACAAGAAUUACAACAAGAUCCUUAUCAAUCCACCCACCCAAAAAUUGUGAUGUUUUUACUACUCGCAGCACUCAUCUCUCGCUCUCCAGAACGAAGAACAUUUUUUAUGUCAUAAUUCUUCACCAGCACUUGUUAAAUGAAUAAGAUAAUUGUUGAAUCUUCAUCAGAAUGUUGAUGUCCAGCAUUAAUUAGGAAAUUUUUAGAAAAUAAAAAAUGUAAGUAUGAUCUAUAAUUUGAAUCUCAUGUUCAGAUUGAAACUACUCCACAAUUUAUUGAUAGAAAAAGAAAAAGUACAAGAAGAACUAGAGUAAGAGAACAAAGAUGAACAACAUUUUGGAAUUAUUCUUCGACACAGAGCAUCAAGCAUCAACUACACCUCCACGCAUGUAGUUGAAAUCUACAACGUCUAUCACUUUUUAAGCACGACUCUUCAUCUUGAAAACUAAAAGUUGUUGUAGUUGUUGUUGUUGUAGAAAAAAAUGUCCUCUCCACCAACUUCUUACAUGAUUUCCUGAAGGAGCUUCUGCUCUUAAACCAAGCCAGCAGGAGCGGUGAUCUUGAGGCACCAGUCGACUGUUGGUAGCCAAGAAAGAACUUCUCAUCUAGCACCUUGAUCUUCAAUAUGAAAGUAGUAGAUCAUGAAGUCGUAGGGAUGAAUGAAAAGAAAGAUGAAC